AUGGCUACCGGAACGGGUGCCGGACGAUCAAUCGGCACUGGAUAUGGCUUUUCAACCGGGACAGCAUACGGUCUCGGAAUAGCCACCGGAUACGGACGAUCUACCGGAACUGUUACCAACGAGGCGGCACACCUUUUAAUCGGAACGUUCAAUCGCGAAUUGAUCGCUAACGAUCCGAUGGUCCGAAAUCUUAUACAAACCACAAAGGAGACUUGCGCACCUUGUGACUUCCAGCCUGGUCCAGGACGGGCUACCUGUACGGCACUGGAGAUGGAACGCGCAGCUUCCGCGUUGAUCGCGUACCGUAAGGUUGGUUGGCAGUUUCAUAUAAAAAUACUAAGCCGGUACAGUUUCGACAGUAGAUCAGUGGCACAGUUCGCGGUGUUUGGAAGGUUCACUUCUUUGCAGUGUGCAUUAGACGACAUGAAAUCGGCCAAACUGUUUUGCGUUCUUUUCGUCCUUGCGAUCGCAAGGGUGCACGGUGCAGCUCAGCAAGAAGGUGCCGAACAUCAGAAGCGUGCUAUUGGGCAUGGUUACGGGUUGGGAUUAGGGCUGGGAGCAACGGCCUAUGGAACAACGGCACUGGCAGCACCGGCACUAGCUGCACCGGCACUAGCUGCAUAUGGAGCACCGUUGGCGGCACCCAUCGGCGGACCAAUCAUCGGAUCAUCGAUUGGUGCAUCGAUUGCACCGACAUUCGCCGGACCAAUCGGACUACCGGCCGGUCCAAUCGGACUACCGGCCGGUCCAAUCGGACUACCAGCCGGCCCAAUCGGACUACCGGCCGGACCGUUCAUUGGUGGAGGAUUUGCACCGGCAGUCAUUCCAGCACCCGGUCCAGUGUUUGCACCGGCACCACCAACAGUGGCCGUUGCACCGACGGUAACGCGUAACAUUUUGACCACCGUACAACAACCCGUCCCGGUACCGUACCCACAACCCGUCCCCGUCGAUCGACCCGUACCCGUGCCGGUGCACGUGACCGUUCCCGUCGAUCGUCCCGUACCCGUACCACACCCAGUACCCGUUCCCGUACACGUGCCACGUCCCUAUCCGGUUCCGGUGCCUCAACCAUACCCAGUAACCGUUACGCGAACCGUGGGUGUACCAGUGCCACAACCAUACCCAGUGCAUCAUGCCGUACCGGUGCCCCAACCCAUCCCCGUACCACAGCCCGUACCGGUGCCGCAGCCCGUUCCCGUACCGCAUCCGGUUGCUGUGCCACAUCCGGUGGUGGUACCGGCACCAGUACCGACGCUUCCCAUCGCACCGUUACCGGCCUACGGUUACGGUGGAUUUCUGCCUUCCUAUGGCAAGGUGUACGGUGGUGGCAUAACGCUGCAAAAGGUGUACACCGGUCACAGUCACGGGCUUGGUUUGUUGGGGUUGAAAAAGUAUCUCGGUUAAGGCUCGGUGCCGGAAAGGAGACGGAUGAUCGGUAGUCAUUUCGCGGUGUCAUAAUGUGUUUUGCGGAAAUGGUUCUAGGACUGUUUGUAAGAUGAUUGUUACUGAUUUUACGGGGGUGAGUUGUGAGAAGGGGGGAAAAACAUUCUACCAAGGGUGAUGCAUUGUUGAUAAAGUAGUAUCACAACAAAGUGAGUGUUCAUAUAUUUACCAUAUUAAUAAAAUA